GCCUGUUCUUCUCUUUGCCCGGCCGACUCCCUGUCAUGGUCGACUGCCUUUUGACCUUAUAAUCUACACAAUGGCGGGUUUACAGACUCGUUCGGCCAUGUCCCUUCCGUUCUCCCUCUCUGCGGCUUUUCGCAACCUCUCCCUCACGACCCCCAAACGCUCCUUCUCUACGACAUUGGCGGCGCAGAAGACGAGACAACUCCCGGACUACAUUCCUCCCUAUCCAUACGGGCCGAACUAUGUCUUCAAACAAGCCAACUCCGGCCUCUACGCUGGCACGAUGAUCCGAUUCGGAAACAAGAUCUCCCAAGGCCGCAAUGAGGGGAAGACUCGCCGAUCCUGGAAGCCCAACGUUCGUCGGAAGAAGCUCUACAGUGAAGCGCUUGGGGAGGAUCUAUUCAUCAAGGUCACACGGAAGGCGCUGCGCACGAUCCGCAAGUCCGGUGGACUCGACAACUACCUUCUGAGUGACCGGCCGGGGCGCAUCAGGGAGCUUGGAAUCUUUGGAUGGGAGCUGCGGUGGAAGGUCAUGCAGACCCCCAAGAUCCAAGAACAGUUCCGACUGGAGCGGAAGAAGCUGGGUCUGCCCGAGCCGCCUACUUUUGAGGAGUGGGUGCAGCAGAAGGAGGCCGAGAUCAAGGCACAGGUGGAGGAGGAGACAAACAUCAGGGAGAUCACGAAGCCCACGUACAACGAAAAACAGUACUAGAGACAUAGAAGGCAUGUUUCUAGCCAAGUCGAUUUGGAACAGUCGAUUUCGGUUGAUUAAUUGGUGACCAAUGGAUGGGCGUCUGUUGUAUUAUUAUUUCUACGGUCAUGGUGAACAGCGUCUGUUUAUCGCUUCGAUCUCUCGCGGACAGUGAGGAUGACGACCGUACAGCUAUUUAGAUCUUGCAUGGACUGCUUGGAUUUGCGUGAUUCGCUCUUCAGUGUAUUUAUAUGUUGCCAAUGCGAUUUGGGUUCGAUUAGUCUUGAUAUGCAACCAGUACUGGAAGGGUUACGGCAGGCAGACUUGCGGAUACCGACAGAUGUGGGAAGGAUAUGCAAAUCAUUGGUCACCUUGUCUAUAGACACAGGAUUUGUUCCAUUGUUGAA